UCUCAGCAGGGUUGGUGACUUCCUGGUUUGACAUUUCAGUAUCGACAGCGAAUGUUCUUUGCCCAAUGUAGAAAGUGAGGGCUCUGAAAACGUGUGGCGGCUUUUCUUUUACGCGUCAUCGCAUUUGUAAACAGGAAACAGCGCAAAGAAACCAAAGCUAUCGCGUUAACGCUCGAGCUAGCGGGAUAGAACUAUGGCUGCCUCGGCUAGUUGCUCCCCGGUGGGCCAUAACACAAGUCUCGGCACCGGAAUGUCAAUGUUCCGCUGGCUGGAAGUGUUGGAGAAGGAGUUUGACAAGGCUUUUGUGGAUGUGGAUCUUUUGCUUGGAGAAAUCGAUCCGGAUCAAGUGGACAUUACAUACGAAGGUCGACAGAAGAUGACAAGUCUCAGCUCCUGUUUCGCACAGCUCUGUCACAAAACCCAAACCGUUUUCCAACUCAACCACAAACUGGAGGCUCAGAUCCUGGACCUGCGCUCCGAGCUCACCGAGGCUCAGGCGGAGCGAGCCGUGGUGGAGCGGGAGGUCCACGACCAACUGCUGCAACUCCAUGCGCUGCAGCUGCAGCUUCAUGCUAAGCAUGGUCAACCUCAAGAAUCAGAUGCCAUCAAAGACAGACUGCUUGUACCAGCAAUGAAAGAUUUGGAGCAGGAGCUGGAGGCCAGCAAGAAGGAGAAGCUGGCUGAGGCCCGAGUGGAAGGAGAAGCCAAACUGUACAGGAAGGAAAACGAAGCCCUUCGAAAGCACAUUGCUGUCCUGCAGGCUGAAGUGUACGGAGCUCGACUGGCUGCUAAAUACCUGGACAAGGAGCUGGCUGGACGGGUGCAGCAGAUCCAGCUGCUCGGCCGAGACAUGAAGGGACCCGCGCAUGACAAACUGUGGAACCAGCUCGAAGCUGAAAUCCACCUCCAUCGCCACAAGACCGUGAUUCGAGCGUGCCGGGGGCGCAACGACCCCAAGAAGCCCCUCCCCUCACCUGUGGGUCAUGACCCAGACAUGCUGAAAAAAACGCAGGGAGUGGGUCCGAUCCGAAAGGUGGCGCUUGUCAAAGAAGACCACGAGGGUUUGGGCAUCUCCAUCACGGGUGGCAAGGAGCACGGCGUUCCCAUCCUGAUCUCUGAGAUCCACCCGGGCCAGCCUGCAGAUCGCUGCGGAGGCCUCCACGUUGGAGAUGCAAUCCUGGCCGUCAACAGCAUCAACCUGAGAGACGCCAAGCACAAGGAGGCCGUCACCAUCUUGUCCCAGCAGGGGGGUCAGAUCGAGUUCGAGGUGGUCUAUGUGGCGCCGGAGGUGGACAGCGAUGACGAGAACGUGGAGUACGAAGACGACAGCGGCCAUCGAUACCGACUUUACCUCGAUGAACUAGAGGCCGGAAGCACAGAUCCUCCAUGCCACACUUCCGCAUCACUACAAGGACAAGAGAAGAUUUCCCUCAGCAAUGGGGCGGAGCAUGCAGACGCGGGGGCCUCCAGGAAGACCAGCGCGGAAGAGAGUCCACAGAAGCAUCCGGACUCUGACUGAUCCUGAGUGUUCCCCUCCCUGACUACUGAAAUGAUCACGUCCCUAUGAGCUCCUACUUUUCUUGUGUUGUGUGUUCGUUCAGGUCAUGAAACCAUGGACUGAGGUCGAAGUGGCGAUGCCGUUUUUUUUUUUUAAACUUGGUUACUGGCUCUGGAGGUGGAUGACAGUCCUGCUGCAUGUGCAUUUGCUGAGAUCAGGUGGGAUGUAUAGCACAUCAUUGGACACUCAGUCAGUCUGUGGCACUCAUGGACGUUGGUAGCGCCCCCUUCAGGAUGGAGUAUUGCAGUUGCAUGAAAACGGUCCCAGAUGUUUCCUUUGUUAGUGGGACUCAAGCUGCUGCUGCGGUUACAGGGGUGCGAGCGAGUCUUGGAGUCCUGACUGUGUUUUCCUGCAGUCGUAUGCAAAUAAAUGGUGCCAGUGAACACUAGGAUCAUAGGAGGCUCAACACUCGUGCUCAUACAUUUUAAAUCUGUUUUCCCUUCUCAUUUAGAGGAUAAUAAACACUUCUGACCUACUGUGUAAACAUUG